GUUAUUGCAAAUAUGUGAAGCCUUAAAUAUUGGCAUUUGUUUUGCCCAAUUUGCACAAUAUCUGGGCAUGUUUAAAAAAAACAAAACUGUUUUUUAAUUCUGUAUGUCAGUGAAAGCUUUACUCCCAAAAGGACAGUAAACAAUAGGAUGUUAAUUUUUAUUUAGUUAUACCAAAAAAUAUUUAAAUAUCUAAAUAAAAUUGUAAUUAGAAAAUUGAUUUGUGUUUUCUUUCCCUGAUUUAUUUUGACCUGAAAGUCAGAAAUUCUGACCUUUACUUGAUUUUCAUGUUUUUUUUUUUUUCUUUACUCAAUUAUUCUUCUGAUAAAACGCUUUUUAAUAAUAAACUUUUUACUUUUUUUUGCAAAAUUAUUUUGAAUACUUUUCUGGGGAAUAAUUUUAGGCUCUUAUUUUUUCAAAACAUGUUACCGGAAGUGGUUGAAAUUACGCGAGACUACAGUGUCCGAGCGCGAGACUUACCUUGUGUCGGGAUGCUAGCAAGUUUAUCACAUUGAAAACAUUUAAGCAGGGAGAGAAACAAUGUGGGUUAUGUUUAAAUUGAGAUACAGAGUCGUUUAUAUCUUUUUAAAAAUAUUUUUGACCAAUUAGGAACCAAUUUAAUAUUUUUUUGUAGAUAUUGGCCGUCGUUUUGUGGUUUAGCUACAUAUUUUUGAAUAAGGUACUUAUCUGGAACCGGAGUUCAAACCGGUUAAAAAUGUGUAGAGGAACAUACGGGUAUUUCUGCUUCUAUCUUCUCUCUGAUAAAUAUGCGAAGCGUACUCCAUCUCCCAUCAGCCUUUGCGGGAUAUUUACAGUAGUAAGCGUCUGCUGUAUACAUCGCCCGACUGUCAGCUGAAUGCAGCUGUUCAAAGUUGUUGCCUUCCAGAGGAAGUUUAAACCAGACUGCCGCGGACUGCCCCGUUUCUAAUUCAGAAUUUAGGCAACUCCUCCUUGGAUCCGCUGACAGAAGAAUCUCACUUCCUCUUUUACAUUUUAAACUCCUUCUGAGUGCGAAUUCUGCUGAGAUCAUGCGACCGUGAUCACUCUCCGUGGAGUAUUUGCUCGUGGACUGACAGCAGCUGAAGGAUGGCCACAGUUACCUGCUUUAUAACGUUAAGUUUGGCGUGUUUGCACGUGACUGCCCUUAAAUCACAACUUUUCACCAGAUUGGGUGACCUGAGCUAUUCAUCUGAGCCUCCCAUCACCUAUGAAACCUUCUAUUUUAACCAAAAGAUUGAUCACUUUGGAUUCCUUGAGGACGGCACUUUCAAACAAAGGUACCUUGUGGCAGACAAACACUGGCAGCAGCCUGACGGACCCAUUUUGUUCUACACUGGAAAUGAAGGCGACAUCACCUGGUUUUGCAACAACACUGGAUUCAUGUGGGAAAUCGCCGAAGACUUGGGCGCCAUGCUGGUUUUUGCAGAACACCGUUACUACGGAGAGUCCCUUCCAUUUGGACAAGACUCCUACAGUGACAGCAAACACCUGAACUACUUGACCUCAGAGCAAGCGCUUGCAGAUUUCGCCGUUCUCAUUCAAAGUCUGAAGAGCAAAAUGCCGGAGAGCCCCGUCAUCUCCGUCGGAGGCUCCUAUGGAGGGAUGCUCUCCGCCUGGCUCAGGAUGAAAUACCCGAAUGUAGUUGUCGGAGCUCUGGCAGCCUCUGCACCGAUAUGGCAGUUCCCCCGGAUGGUGGGGUGUGGAGAUUUCUACAAAAUAGUAACACAAGAUUUUGCCAAAAGUGGCCAAAACUGCGCCGCAAACAUCCGCAGCUCCUGGAAGGCUAUAAAUAACAUCUCCUCCACAGCGUCUGGACUUCAGUGGUUGUCUGAAGAGUUCAGUUUAUGCUCGCCGCUCAAAGCUAAGACCGACGCCGUCGUCUUUAAGAGCUGGCUUCAGGAGACGUGGGUGAAUCUGGCCAUGGUGGACUAUCCCUAUGAAGCCAGCUUCCUGCAGCCGCUUCCUGCAUGGCCAAUCCAGGUGGUGUGCAAGCAUCUUACUUUUGAUUCCAAAGUGUCCGACUACGAUCUGCUGCACGGGGUCUCCCAAGCAGCUAAAGUCUACUAUAACUACACUGGAAGCUCCUCCUGUCUCAACACGUCCCAGACAGCGACCAGCAGCCUCGGGGCUCUCGGCUGGACCUACCAGGCCUGCACGGAGAUGGUGAUGCCCAUGUGCACAGAUGGGGUGCAGGACAUGUUCGAGCCCGAAGACUGGAGCUUCCAGGCCUUUUCUGAUGAAUGCUACGGCAUGUUCGGCAUCCGGCCGCGGGAAGACUGGGCCGGCACGCUUUACGGGGGCAAAGACAUUUCCUCUCAUAGCAACAUCAUCUUCAGUAAUGGAGGCUUGGAUCCGUGGUCGUCUGGGGGGGUGACGUAUAACAUCACAGAUUCUCUGGUUUCCAUCAUGAUCCCUGACGGCGCUCAUCACCUGGACCUCCGCUACAGCACCAGCCUGGACCCGCCGUCCGUGCGCUCCGCCCGGGCGCUGGAGCUGAAGUAUUUCCAGGAGUGGAUCGAGAAGGCCAAGACGAGAUCUGGACAAACCGGUUCAGAAAACCAGCUUUAAUCAACCUGACUGGAAUAUUUUGAUUCUAUCAGACUCCAAAGUUUGUCAAAGGUUUGAUCUGUUUGAAGUUAUGGUUUCUGUGGAAGGAAAACUUUAGUUUACACUCCAAUUUUUUAAUGCCAAACUGCACUAUUUCAAAGAAGUUCUGCCUCGAAUACCAAAAAAUGUUUGUUGCUGAUGAGUUUUCAUGAAAAUAAUCAAACUGAUUUCAAAGAAAGAACAAAUUACUUUCAGUUGCUUCAGAUUUUUUUCCAAAUAAUGUCUAACUUUUUCAGGGUGUUUAAGCUUUAUUUUGAUAAAAUAUCCAAAAAGUUGAUUGAGCUCAUUCAUGUCGGCUUCCAGCUGCUCUCCUCCAUGUGUGAUUGUUUUUCUACGAUUAUUAAAGAUUGUCAAACCUAAAUUAGUCUCAGGAGAAUCACCUGCUACCAAAUGUCAAACUUGCAUGUGUUUCAGAAACAAUAAAAAAAAACUUAACUGAAGAAAACUUUAACUCCAUUUUUUUAUUGCCAUCCUCUUUUUCUGAAAGGUUUUAGUUAAAAACCCUAAAACAUAUUUUCCUCUUUGGCAUUUUUUCAAUUGAAUCAUUGUUGUUAUACUAUAAAGAAAAAAAGAUUUUUAAAGUUCACUUUAAAUAAGCAAA